UUUAUACAAUUGAUUGCUAUCUUACUUGUAUCAAAGUAAGUUUCAUCUUUUAUGAUACAAUUUUGAUAGCGAGAACAAAUCUGUUGCUGAGUAAUUCUGUGUAAUAAAUCGCAUUUAUGUUUGUCAAGCCAACUAAUUAAAUGUACAUGUGAUUUAAUAGAGAUAGGAUGCCUCCAAGACGAGCGGAAGAUGUGCCUAUGAAGAGAGUGGCAGCUGCGGGAUGUAAAUUACCAGAACAACUGCCAGCAGGGGAAAUCUUGACGGAUAUUACACAGAAUAAAUGGAGACUGGGGAAUACCAUUGGAUAUGGUGGUUUCGGAGAUAUAUAUCUCGCUUCUAAUGAUAUUACAUCACCUGUGGGUCAAGAUGCAAAAUAUGUUGUGAAGAUCGAACCUCAUAAUAAUGGGCCAUUGUUCGUUGAAAUGAAUUUUUAUAUAAGAGCAGCACGCAAGCACAUGAUCGAAAGUUGGUGCGAGUCUCAGGGAAAGAGAAAAAUCGGCGUUCCUACGUACGAGGGAUCGGGAUCUCACAUCUAUGGAGGUCAGCGGUACAGGUUUCUAGUAAUACCGAGAUAUGGAGUCGAUAUUGGAAAAUUAUUCCUAUCGCAGAAAAAAUUACCACCAAGACUCGUCAAUACAUUAGCUGUGCAAAUGCUGGAUGCGCUGGAAUACAUUCACAGUAAAGGAUAUGCUCAUGCGGAUAUUAAGGGACCAAAUAUUUUGCUGUCGUACGGAGACGGAAUAGGAAAGGAAAAAUCUAUGGCGUACUUAGUAGAUUACGGAUUGGCGUAUCGUUUUCGCACUGGAACUGGUGAACAUAAACCAUUUGUACAUGACGAAAGAAGAGCUCACGAGGGCACUUUAGAUUACGCAUCGCGGGACGCUCAUCAUGGAACACAUUCAAGGAGAGGAGAUUUAGAGACUUUAGGAUAUAAUAUUAUACAAUGGUUAUGCGGAAGACUACCUUGGGAGAAAGAUAAUGAUAUGAGUUUUGCCAUGGAUCCAGAGGUAGUUCACCAACAAAAAGAGAUGUUUUUAUCAGACUUGCCUCUAUUUAUGGACAAGUGCUUCCCUCACAAGAAAAAACCACCAGCUGCAGUCAUGAAAUAUAUGAAGUACAUUACCGAGUUAGAAUUUGAGACCAAGCCCAAUUAUUCCUAUUUACGGAAUUUGUUUUUACAUAGUGGCAGCCAAGGUGGCAAUAUUCCUACAUGUCUUUACAAUAUGAAAGAGUCCAACGAAAAUCUUACGAGCUCUAUAUUUUUUGAGCGUCCAUAUUUGAGAGAAAGGAAACCUUGCAGGCCUGUGAAUGGCGAGAUACGAAUAACACGAAAUACGCAGCCUAAGCAACCAGUUCAGAAAAAAGAGUUCAGUUGGGAAGCAGUAUUGGCGCUGCAUCCGGACAAACUUGCAAAAAUCAGUACUCAACUGCCACCUUCUCCUCUCACACCACCUCUCACACCACCAUCAUCGUCAUCAUCGCGAUCACCGUCUCUGCCAACAUAUGCAAUGUUAGAAGUACUUCGUAAAAUGAAGGAAAGGCAAUCAGGUGUAUUUAGGCAUAAAGCAACGCCAAAAUCAUCGGAUAAUGAACUCAAAACAAAAUGGAUGACGCCAGCGAUGGAAGAAAUCGCACGUUUAAGGAAAAAGAUCGAGACAUCCGUUUCGAACUCCCAAAGUAAUUCACGUGUGACACGUUCACGUGUCGCAAAGAGAAAACGAUUUGAAACUCAGGAGCAACAUAAAGAAGUAAAAGAUGAUCCGACUGAUAGCAAAGUUACGCAUAAAAGAAGGAAAAUCUCAUCUUCUUAAAGAAAAUUGGGUCCUAUUAUACAGAUAAUCAUCAGCAUUCUCUUUAAUAGGAAGUAUGAAAUUAAGUAUUAUUUGGAUAAAAUCUCAUCUGUUGACGAUGUUAUGGAUACGCGCCAAUUCGUUUAAGACUGCUUUUUCAUUACAUAAUUUGCUCUUUAACGUUAUCCAGUAUACAUAAGAUUUCUAAAUAGUUGUAUAGCGAACAAAAUAGUAAUAUUAAUGAAUAAUGCUAAGUGACUUCCUCUUAUGAAACUGCAGAGAUUCAAUAGAAUUAAUAUGUUAAUGUAGAAAUGUUGACCAUGCGAAUGUCUUAAUAUUUUUGAAUGACGCAAUGCUGUUGAUUUGAGAUCGCAUAAUUAAUUUCGCAAUUUAUUUAUUAGGUCAAAUUUAUUUAACAUUAAUGUCGUGCAGCGUUAGAUAAGAUGUUCAAUUUUUCAUCUAUAUAUUUAUAAUCUGGAUUGGACGUACGUGAUCAUGAUUCAUUUAACCGACAAUGUAACAAGCUGUUAUGAAAUUUAUUAUUUAAUCUCUUGUUCUCUAAGAAGAUAAAAUACGAUAAUCAGAUACAAAGAUAAAUUUAUGUGAUUAUACAAAAAUUAUUAUAGAAAAGUUAUAACGAAUAAUUAUACAUCACAAAAUUUUGGUUUAAGAAUUCUUGUGCAAUAUAGAUUAUAAAAAAUAUCAAGAAAGGGAAGAGAUGAUGUGGAUUGUCGUGCUUUUUGUAAAAUCUUGUUUUCCAUAACUACUGUGUCUUUCCCUAUUUAAACUGCUCAAGGAUUAUUGUAAAAUAUUAAGGAAUUAUCAUAUGGAUGCGAUUUUGUCAACGUUUUCAUACAAGAUCGACCGGUGUAGAAAAAAAAAAAUAACACUGAUUCUUUCCGCAUUACGCACGUCACAUGCUUUUAAGAUCAUCUCUGUAAAUACUUUAUUAAAUGAAUUCAUUUUACUAAUUUAUACAAUAAUAUAUUCAAAAACAUUAACUUCGAUGAUACAUACUUGCUAUAAAAAUCUGUAUGUAAUAUAUAUUAAAUUUACAUCACGACAUAAAAUUGAUGCUAAUGUUGUAGAUAAGAUUCAUUACAGAGAAACAUUAGCAAUACGAUCAAAUAAAAAAUUAGUUUCUUUUAUACUGUACGAAUGAAAGAUUUGAUAAAUCUCUGAGUUUAUUAUCGAAUAUAUUAUGCGGUUUAGUCAAUUUUAUUUUCACACUACGCUGUGACCUUUUACCUUCGAUAGUUUUAAAUAAGGAUGUCGAUUAGAUUUAAGAAACUUUAUGUUCAAUUAUUGUUAGCAGUUUCAUUUUUAGUGAUUCGUUUAUAGAUUUAUGUUAGAAUUUUUUUACAAUACAUUUGUGAUAAUUUAUUUGUAUCAUUUAAGUUAUAUAUACAUAUAUGUAUGUGUACCUGUGUGCCACGAGACAUAUGUUUGAGACUAAUUAUCAUCGAUCACGCAUUAUUUGUAUUUACAUUCUUUUUCUAGUAUUCCAUUUGCGAUAUUGUCAUUUUGUUUAAGUAGAAAAUGGUGGAUUAAUUUGCAGAAAGCCAAGAAAUUAUCUAUUCAAUAAAAUUCUCUGUGAGAAAGAUUUGAAAGGAUAAUGGGUUCUAAGUUUUCGCAGGAAAAACGUCCAAUAUCCUUGUACGGCCAAAUAUAUUAUUACAUUACUUUGUAUAUAUAUUCUGGCAAUAAAACAGAUGACUUUAUUACGGUAAUAAUUAAAGUCACAGCGCAACAAGGGCGCGUUCUCCUAAGUAUUGUUAGAGAAACGACUAUUAUUUUGUAAGACGCAAUAACUUAAGUUCGAGCGAGAGAGAUGUAAUUACUAGAUAACAAAAAAAGAAAUAUAUGUGACAAACUGUGUACUAGAUUAUGUACUCGCAUCGGCAUUUUCUUAUAGCAAUCUUGUACAUGUACGUUGUUUAUUACGAUGCGAAAUAUAAGGCGAAUAUGUAUAAUCAAUAGAUUGAGUGAUUUUUUUUUCUUUCAUAUAUUACUGUUGCAUGCAACAUUAUAAAUAUAUGUAUACAUAACGUUUUUUCUAAAAUUGUUAAAUGUAUGUGUUAAUAAUUACUGCAAAAUGUAUGUCAUAUA